AAUCUUCUACUUAAAAUAGCAUCUAGUAUUUUAAAUCGUAUACUAUCCUAUUUUCUCACUGAGUGAAUAAAGAAACAAAUUUGUUGUAUAUAUUUAGAUGGAUCAUUAUUUACUCAAAAAUACAAACAUCAAAUAUCACAUCUUAAUAUAAUGAUUAAUGAUGAUAAUACAGCUUUACGAGUAAAAAAUGUUGCUACCAAUAUUUUCACAAAUAUUCUUAUGAUAGUGCGUAAUUUUAAUGAUUGUCUUUGUUUACUUGAUGGAUGUCUUAAUCAAUUGCAUACAUUUAUUGUCAAAAUUGAUAAUAUUGAUGAUUUAUCAAUGACUAUUCAGAAAAAGAGAACUCUAUCUAAUCUACGAUGUUUUUCGUUAAUUUCAACUGAUCAAACAGAUAAGUAUGAUAUUGGAAUUGUACCAUUUCUUCAUCAAAUGUCACAAUUGGAAAAACUUACAUUAUCUCUUAUUGUUCUAAAUCGAAUUUCAUUCAUUGAUGGUACAAAUUAUACAAUUAUUACGAACUUCUGA